AGCUUUCUGAUGGGGGAUGAUGGGAUCCACCACAGUAACGCCUCUCUGUGCGCUGGUGCUUGUAAUGCUUAUGUAAUGAGACCAGAGAACACAAAGACAACGACAAUGGGUGUGGCGUUGCUGUCUUUUAAAUCCACAAAAUUACCUCAAACUGCGGACAGCUUACGUACCCACCCUCUUCCCCUCUGACAGUUAUUAGAAUCCAUAUCCUUUGCCCGGAUACUUUCUCAGCUUUUCUUUUAAAACCCCAUUAAUUUUCUUUCUUCUUUCGGCCCCUCUUAGAUAAUCUCUCUCCCCUCUCGGCACCACAAUAAUAAAAAACCGCUACUUUCUUCUCCAACUCGACUGUGUCAGAACGUAGCGAGUCGGGGCCCUCGGUCGGAAUGUAAAUCUCAUUGUUCUUUUGCAGCUUUUGGAUUAAUAUUGAGAUUGGUAAACAGGAGGAAAAGGGUAGAAAUUUUUCAACAUUCCGGAUAAUGGAAAACCAUAAAACCCCAGAAACCCUCGAAGUCAAAUUCCCAGAUGGUAAAACCCUAGAAGCUCAAAACCCAGACAACAGUAAUCUGGAAGAAGCUUCUGGACCUUCUGACGUAUUUCGGUUCAGUAAGAACUGUAUUGUGUUAGAAUCGAAUUUGGAGGUUUCUACAGAAGAUAAUGGGAAAGGUCACAUGGAAUUAGUGAAUAGAGUUGAUGACACUGAAGCAAAGAAUCUGGAUGCCAGUGGCAGUACAAGUACAGUAGUUUCUGUUGAUGUGAAUGAUAUCGUUACGGAGAAGAGUUCUUUAGUGAAUGAUGGCAUUGAUUCGGCAAAUGAGAAUGGAAACGGUUCCAUAGUAGCAGGAUUGAAUGAAAAUUUAGGGGAUUUGAGUAGUAUUGUGUGUGAGGAUGUUGCAGUUGAAAAGACUCUGAAAGAUGAGGAUAUGAAAGAGGAUGAACUGUUAGGAUCCAAUGGCGUCAUGUCUGGUAGAGAGUUAAAGGCGUGUGGAGGUAAUUUAUCACUGCAUUUAGAUUAUUCUGAUUCUCCAAGCAGAGUAGAUAAUGGCAAUCUCAAAGACGUUGAUUGUUCUGGGGUGUUCACGAGUCAAGAGGAGUCUAAAGAACUUGGUAAUGAGGAGCUGAAAGAUUUAAUUGGCAAGUUCCAUGUAGGUGAUAUAGUAUGGAUUGAAACCAAAAAUCACUCUUGGUGGCCUGGAAAGAUUUGUGAUCCAUUGGAUGCAAGAAAAUAUGCUGUGGGGUGUAAUCAGAGAAACUGCCUUCUGGUUGGUUAUCUGGGGAUUAGCCACAUUACUUGGUGCUUGCCAUCUCAAAUAAGGCCUUUUCAUGAGAACUUUGAACAGAUGGCUAGGCAAAACAAGGCCAGAAGCUUCCCUGUAGCAGUAGAGAAGGCUGUGGGCGAGUUUGGUAAGUGCCUGAAAUCAGAGAUGACUUGUCCUUGUAUCCUCAAAAAAAUUCAGCAACCAUCUGGUAAUAUUGAAAGUCGAGGAGCGUCUUUGCCAGGAAGCCGAUUUGGUGAAUUUUCACUUGGCCUGUUUGAACCGGUGAAGUUUCUUGCGCAAAUUAAAAAACUUGCUUUGGCUGUAUGCAAGCUUGGCAUGCUUGAGUUAACUGUUGCAGAGAAUUUUUUGUCAGCAUUUUAUCAUUCCAUAGGACAUAGUCAGUUGCCAAUGGAACAACUCUGUGAAUCAACUGAUGACCAAGACAAUGCUGGUGACAAGUUAAUGACAAAAAGCCAAAUUGAUGCUCGAGUUGGGGCUGAAAGUUCAGGACCUUCCAAAGGGGAAUCACAAAGCACAGAGGUUGAAGUUCUACGACAGAAUAAGAUUGAAGACCAGACCAUGAUUUUUGGAGGGGACCUGGAUACUACAGCUGAGAUUUGCAAAGGCAAUUUUAUUGAAGGAAAUGGUGCCGCAAAUGAUCUAGCAUCAAAUUCCAAGAAGAGAAAGAGGAAGAGGUCUUCUGAACUUAAAGUUGAAGGUCAGGAAAUUAGUCUAUCAGCUUCUCCAUCAAAGGGGGAGAUGUGUAUCAUUGGGUCUCCAACAACUGUAGAGAGGAGCUCUAAGUUGAGAGUAAGGAAGAAGAGCAAGUACUUAUCGUAUCCCUAUGUCAAUUGGGAACAUAAUGGCUUGCCAAGUGAAACGGAAGACCCCGAGGCUCAUAAAGCUUCCCAACAAGCAGAACGUGAAAAUGCUGUUGCUGGUCAGUGUAUUGGAUCCAGUUCAAUUUCUACAUCUAAUGGGAAGAGGUUUCAGAAGAAAUGGAUCAGUAAACUCAUAAGUGGGAGUGAUGCAUCCAGCAACCCGGAGUUGAUAAAUGCAUCCGUGGCCAGUUUGCUUUCUGAACUGUGUUUCACAGCUGUUGAUUGUCUGUAUCCAAAUGAGAGUAAAAACUUUGAUGUAACAGAGUGGUUCUUUACAAGGUUCAGAAUAUCGGUAUAUCAUGAUGAGUCCAUUUAUGCGAUGCACUGCAAGAAUGUGAUUGGGAGCAGUAACGAGGCAUUGAUGAGAGAGGAACAGGAGACAAGCCAGACUUUGAAAGAUGCCAAGGAUGAGCAGAAGAUGCUGAAGAAAAAGAAAAAUGGAAACUCAGCCAAAUCAAAGAUUAAAUCUCUUGAUGGUUUAGCAGAUGCGAAUACAAACAUUGCAACCGAUGGCUUAUCUGUAAAAGAUUUCUGUGAGGUGGGCCCUCCCACACCCAAUGGAAAACCUGGGUAUAAGAAGAAAAAAAAGCAGCAAGGAACAAUUUCUGCAGACCUACACACCAACCAAACAGCUAGCAUACCAGACUUGAAUGGAAAUGGUGCUAUGACCAAUUUGUUGGUGGAAAAUUCUGAGCUUUUGAGCCAUGUUGAAACUGAGCCAGAUGAGCGGGAGAAGCCAGUGAAUGUGAAUUCAAGUAAUGCAGAACCCAGCAACAGAGAUCCAUUUUCGAUAAAUACUAUUCCUGAGAAAAGUAGGAGGGAGGGGUUUACUGCUGCUUGUCCAAAUUCAAAUGGAAACUCUGCAAUUCUAGGCUUUUUGGCUAACGAAGCUUCAUUUGGCUCCCUCGAUGCUGAAGGUAAGCCUGGCCAAAAAAAAAGAAAGAAAAAGGAUAAAUCAACGUCUGGACAGGCUGCUGUUGCUGCCAGCGUUGCUACUUUGGAUGGGACUCCCGCUGAAUCCAGCAUGUUGGCCAAAUCUGAAAAGAAGAGAAAGAGAAAAAAGGAAGUUAUUUCACAGCCAAAGAGAAAGAAAUCAGUCAUGGGGAUACCAGAUAUAAACAUGAAUUCUAAUAAUGGGGAGACUAAUGGAGAAGCUCCAGGGACUGCUCUGCUAUUAACAUUUGCUCCAGGAGCGUCCUUGCCUUCAAAAGAAGUUCUGGUUGCGACAUUUGGCAGGUUUGGGCCCUUGAGGGAGUCAGAAAUGCAGUUAUCAAAAGAUUCUGGUACUGCCGAAGUUGUUUUUGCGUCACGUAUUGAUGCUGCUGAAGCAGCUAGGAGAUUGGAGAAUAGCAGUCCCUUUGGUGCAAACCUCAUCGAUUACCGACUUCAUCUCCUUUCAGCUGGUGGAGCCACUGAUUCCAUUGAAGGAUUCAAGACACCUGCUGCAAAGUCUUAUGGGUCAACGCCAAACCCUGCUGAGGCUCCGCCCAUUGACUUCAUUAGGCAGAAUCUAGAGAUGAUGACAUCAAUGCUGGAGAAGUCAGGAGACAAUCUCUCUCCUGAAAUGAGAGCCAAACUGGAGAGUGAAAUUAAAGGCCUUUUGAAAAAGGUGAGUUCCAUGCCUAGUUCUUCCUCUUAAUUGGAACGCUAAGUUAUUGGUUUCUCCGUCAGGUUGUUUACUAGCAGAAGUCUCCAGGUUUUUUUUUUUCUCGUUAGAAUCUUCUUUUAUGAGCUGUUGCUUUUGUUGUCGCUUCUCUCUAUCUCUAUCUCUGUCUCUGUGAAUGUUAAUGUAAGGACUCAGAGAUUAUGCAGUUAACUGCAAUAAGAAGGGCAUAUGCAGUGGCUAAAUCAAGGGAUCUACAACAUGUAUAAACACGUUGUGCUUUUCAUAUUUCA